AUGGAGAAGGUGAGAGAAAGUAUUCUUACCAUUGACACAUGGAAAUUCAAUGGCCCAUGUUCCCUUGAGUCUAGUGUUUGCUUAAUAGAGCAAAUUGCACCAUCUGGUUCCUUAAGUUCAAUCGUUUGCUUAAAUGUUCACAAGAACGAAAGUGAGGAUAUCAAGAAUAUUGUUGAGCGUGUUUGUGAAAUACUGGACAAGAAGGACUUGUUUAUUGCUAACUAUCCUGUUGGAGAGAACUCUGAUAUGCAACAUUUGGAGAGAAUGUCAAAAAGCCAUCCGCCAAAUGAUGUUCUGCUGCUAGGAAAAUCAGGGACAGGUAAGUACCGUAGCAAGUACGAUGUGUUCUUGAGCUUCAGAGGCGAAGAAACUCGGGCAUCUUUCACUUCUCAUCUCUACUCCUCUUUAAGCAAUGCUGGAAUUGUUGUUUUCAAAGAUGAUGCGGACCUUCCUAGGGGGAAUAGUAUCUCGAUCGAUAUGUCACUUGGAAUUAAAUGUUCUACGAUUUCAAUCAUUAUCUUCUCCAAAGAUUAUGCUGGCUCUAGAUGGUGCCUCAACGAGCUCUCCAACAUCAUGGAGCUCCACAGAGUAGAGGGUCGGAUUAUUUUGCCUGUGUUCUAUGGCGUGGAUCCGUCCGAAGUUCACAAACAACACUCUAGUUUUGGAAAAGCAUUUCGAGAUCUUAUACAUAAAAUUUCACCCAUAGAGGAUGAAGUGUCGAGGUGGAGGACAGAUCUCCGUGAAGCUGGGGGCAUUACAGGAUUUGUCGUGCUCAAUUCCAAGAAUGAAAGUGAGGAUAUCAAGAAAAUUGUUGAGCAUGUUCGUAAAAUAUUGGACAAGAAAGACUUGUCUAUUGCUGAACAUCUUGUUAGAGUGGACUCUUCUUUGCAAGAUUUGAUUAAAAUAUCAGAAAGCGAUUCAAUGAAUGAUGUUCUCCUGCUAGGGAUAGGGGGGAUUGGGGGCAUCGGUAAAUCAACUAUUGCCAAAGCCUUCUAUAAUGAAAUUGGUCGAACAUUUGAGAGCAGAUGUUUUCUGUCAAACAUUGGGGAAGUUUGGGGGCAAGACAAUGGUCCAGUACAGUUACAGCAUCAACUUCUUUCAGAAAUCUGUAAAACAAAAAUGAGCGCAAUGCGUAGCAUUGAUUCAAGAAAAAUCAUAUUGAAGGAACACCUUUGCCAUAAGAGAGCACUUCUUGUACUUGAUGAUGUGAAUGAGGUUGAGCAACUAAAUGCUUUAUUUGGAAGUCGUGAAUGCUUUGGUCCAGGAAGCAGAAUAAUUAUCACUUCUAGAGAUAAGCAGUUGCUCAAACUCCUUAACGUGGAUCAUUUAUAUACAAUGAAGAAUAUGGACCAAAGUGAAUCCAUUGAGCUUUUUAGUUGGCAUGCAUUUAAGCAACCAUGUCCUAAAACAGGUUUCAUUGAACUUUCUAGAAAUAUAGUUGCUUAUUCUGGAGGAGUACCCCUAGUCCUUGAAGUCUUAGGUUCUCAUUUAUUUGACAGGGAAAUGAGAGAGUGGAAAAGUGUACUGCACAAAUUAAAAAGAAUCCCCAAAGAUGAGAUACAAAAGAAGCUAAGAAUAAGCUUUGAUGGUUUAAGUAAUGAUCUGGUGAAAGAAAUCUUCCUUGAUAUAUCUUGCUUCUUUAUUGGGAUGGAUAGGAGUGAUGUCACACAGAUAUUGGAUUAUUGUGGACUUUUUCCAGACAUAGGAAUAAGUGACCUUGUGGAGCGGAGCCUUGUAACUGUUGAUGAGAAGAACAAGCUUGGCAUGCAUGGUUUGCUGCGUGAUAUGGGGAGGGAGAUAAUCCGAGAACGAUCGCCAAAAGAGCUCGGAAAGCGUAGUAGAUUAUGGUUUCAUAAAGAUGUGCAUGAUGUCUUAUCAAAACAUACUGGUACAGCAUUUGUCGAGGGGCUAGCUUUGAACUUGUCGCAAACAGAUAAAGACUGUUUCUCUGCCAAAGCAUUUGAGGAGAUGAAGUCACUCAGAUUGCUCCAUCUUAGUAAUGUGGAUAUUGAUGGAGACUAUGGACACAUUAGUAGAGAUCUCAGAUGGCUUAGAUGGCAUGGCUUUCCUUUGGAAUGCAUCCCUGCCAAUUUUUAUCAGAAAAAUUUAGUUGCUAUCGAGUUAAAGCACAGUAGCCUCAGACAAGUUUGGAGGGAACCCGAGAUUUUGGACAAGCUAAAAAUCCUCAAUUGUAGUCACUCCCCUUACUUGAUGCAGACUCCUGACUUCACAAAACUUCCAAAUCUUGAAAAGCUAGUCCUUAAAAAUUGUCAAAAUUUGCGCAUGGUUCAUACUACCAUCGGACGUGCCCACAAACUCCUCCUUAUAAACCUGAAGAAUUGCACCAGCCUUCGCACUCUCCCAAGAAGUAUUUAUAAUUUAAAAUCACUAAAAACUCUUAUUCUAGCUGGUUGUGCAAUGAUUGAAAGGUUAGAAGAAGAUAUAGAGCAAAUGGAUUCCUUGACAACUCUGGUUGCUUAUGAGACUGCAAUAAGACAAGUUCCCUAUUCUUUAGUCAGGUUAAAAAAUCUUGGAUUUAUAUCUCUCUGUGGCUACAAUGGAUUGUCAAGGGAUGUGUUUCCUUCUCUCAUUUGGUCAUGGAUGUCCCCAGCAAAUAAUCCGUUAUCUCUUAUCUCAACAUAUGGGGGCAUGAUAAUUUCCUCAGACAUAUUGAAAAGGAAAUCUAUUUGUGACAACCAAUCAAAGCUGCAAGGCCUUUUUUUGAAAAUCACAUCAGAGAAUGACCCUGAACUUACUCGAGGUGCCGCAAAAAUUCUGAAGUCCUCCCGUGCCAGAAUUUGCAUGGACAAGGCAACAAAAAUUGCUUGA